UGAGCCGCCCGCUGGAUCGCGUUUACUCUUCUGAAGAGCUUCUGGAGGCAAAUACUAUUACAGUCAACACGCCACAGCUGACUUAUUAUCUCAUGCAAAUCUGCUGAAGUGCUGAACUCUCCACCCUGUGUGUGUGUUUAGCAGGAGAACCUCACACACACACGUCCAGUGCUGUAGCAGAGGAAUCGGUUCGCCAGCCUCAGCUUUAUCACACCUGCACCAUGAGGAGAGGCUCCUGUUGCAUGGUCUCGUCCGGAGUCAUCGGCGCUCUUCUCCUGGUCUCGGGAAUCGCCCUGUUUGUGUCCGGUGUCUUCCAGACCUUGAUCCACAACAAGCUGAAGAGGGAGAUCACGCUGACAGAAGGCAGUAAAGUUUUUGCCACAUGGAAGAAUCCUCCGCCUCCAGUCUUCAUGCAGUUCUUCUUCUUCAACGUCACCAACCCUGACGCCUUCCUGAAGGGAGAAGCCAAAGCUCGCCUCACUGAGAUGGGGCCGUACACCUACAGAGAGUACAGGCCCAAACACAACGUGUCGUUUGUGGAGAACGGGACGAAGGUCGCCGCUUACACGCCCAAGUAUUUCGUCUUCGUGCGUGAGAAGUCAGUGGGAGACCCGAGCGUGGAGAUGGUGACGACCGUGAACAUCCCAGCGGUGGCCGUGAUGAAUCGGAUCAAAGGCAUGGGGUUCUGGGUGUCCUCGGGCAUCUCCAUGUACAUGGGCUCCAUCGGCACCACCAUGUUCAUGACACACACGGUGGACGAGCUGCUGUGGGGCUUCAAGGACCCGUUGCUCACUCGCCUGCGCACCAUAAAGCCCGACGCCGACGAGAACUUCGGCCUCAUGCUCAACAAGAACGGCAGUGAUGACGGAGAGUUCGUGUAUCACACCGGAGAGCAGAACUACCUGGACUUCGGACGCAUCUUCACCUGGAAGGGACAGAAGAUGCUGUCCUUCUGGAAGACCAACCAGAGUAACAUGAUCAACGGCUCCGACGGCAGCGGCUUCCACACGUUCCUGACCAAAGAAGAGCGACUGAACGUCUUCACCCCCGACCUCUGCAGGUCGAUCCACAUGCGCUUCGAGAAGGAGGUGGAGGUGAAGGGCAUCCCAGCGUACCGCUUCACUCCUCCUCGAGCCGUGCUCGCCAGCGGGAAGAACAACCCGGAGAACGAGGGCUUCUGCGUCACGCCCAAGAAGUGCCUGGACGACGGCGUGCUGGACGUGUCUGUGUGCCGCAAAGGUGCUCCUGUAGUCGUGUCUUUCCCCCACUUUCAUCUGGGUGAUGAGAAGUACGCCAACGCCGUCGAGGGUAUUUCUCCUGUCCACGAGCGUCAUCAGACCUUUCUGGAUCUGAACCCUACUAUGGGAAUGCCUGUUCGUGCCAUGAAAAGAGCCCAGAUCAACAUUCAUCUCGACAGAAUAAGCGGCUUUCCUAUGACCAAGAGUCUCAACAGCACUAUCUUCCCCAUUGUGUUUCUGAACGAGUCGGUGGUGAUUGACGACGCUUCGGCCGCGAGGAUUCAUAAGCUGCUGCUUAUCGUGACUCUAGUCUCUCAUUUUCCUCUUAUCAUCGUCGCUCUGGGAGUCAUCCUGCUCUUAGUCUCUAUCGUCCUGGCCAUACGCUUCUAUCAAAACAAGCCAUCCGCAAAGAAAGACACAUCAUACGCUCCUGUGAGCGGCAAAGUGGACGAUCAAGACGAGAAGAAUGGAACGUUUAUCGGCAUGACAUCCGUAGACAAGUCCUAAACUGCUGAGAGUGUGUGUGUGUGUGUGUAUGUUGGAGUGUGUGUGUGUGUGUGUGUGUGUGUGUGUGUGUGUGUGUGUGUGUGUGUGUGUGUGUGUGUGUUGGAGUGUGUGUGUGUGUGUGUGGUCACAGAUGCUGUCUAACAAGCACUAUCAGUAGUAUGUUGAGCGGUGUGUGUCAGUCACACACUGACUCUUCCUCAGGACUAAAGCCGUUAGGAAACGAGCAUCUUGAUGAACGACUGAAGAGUGUCUCUCUCUGUACACACACACUUCAGGGUCAUUCAGCAUCUGUUUAGUUACAUAUUUAAACACUUUAAGCAUCACUGAAGCUGCUGUAAGUGAUUUUUAGGAGGUUCACACACACACACUGAUCUCGCUGUCCCUCUCCGUCCUCCCGCUCUGGACUUUGUGCUCCACAGUUCACAUAAUGACGCACACAAAACAUAUAUUUAGGCCUAAAUUUAAGAUUCAUCUAUUUAAAUUGCAUAUCAAUUUUCCAUUUG